AUGGUGAGAAGGAAGCCGAGCAUGGGUCGCCAGAAGAUCGAGAUCAAGCGGAUCCAGAACGAGGAGGCCCGCCAGGUGUGCUUCUCGAAGCGCCGGACCGGCCUUUUCAAGAAGGCGAGCGAGCUGUCCAUCCUCUGCGGCGCCGAGAUCGGGGUCGUCGUAUUCUCCCCCGCCGGCAAGGCCUUCUCCUUCGGCCACCCGUCGGUCGACGCGGUCUUCGACCGCUUCCUCACGGGCAACCCCCACCACGGCAACAGCGGGGGGCCCGCGGCGGACUCGCGGCGCGGGGCGGUCGUGCGCGAGCUGAACCGCCAGUACAUGGAGCUGCAUGGGCUGGUGGACGCGGAGAGGAAGCGGCGGGAGGCCCUGGAGGAGGCCAUGAAGGGGGAGCAGGGGGGCCGCCCCUACUGGUGGGACAACAACGUGGACUCCCUCGCCCUGGAGGAUCUGGAGGAGUACGAGAAGAAGCUGCUGGAGCUGAGGAACAAUGUCGCCAAGGUUGCUGAUCAGCUGCUGCAUGAGGCCAUGGCUCGCAAGCAGCAGCAGCACCAUCACCACCACCACCAGCAGCAGCAGCAGCAGUUUCCGAUGGUCGGCGCUGCCGUCGCUCUCCCUGGGCCCUUCGCCAUUAAGAACGAGGAUGCCAUCCAUCCUUCUCUUGGUGGCGGGUUGGGUUUCGGGCAUGGCUUCUUCUGA